AUGAUCACAAUCGUUAUUUGUGUUUUAAUCGGAGUUAAUACAGCCCUACAAUCGUCCCACGUGUCUCAGGAGGACAUUUGUCGCGAACUCAACACGAGAAAUACGACGAGUGGCCCUCCGGAACUCAGCAAAGCCAUCUCCUUCGCUAAAACUCUUUUUUGCAAUGAAUUUGAAGCUGAGAACUUCAACACCUAUCUGGUUUGCUCGAAGGAGAAAACUUCCUCAAUCAACGCGCACUGUAAAACCGAGGCCGCCUUGUCGUCGACGGAUUGUCCGAGAAAAGCCGAGGCGAUGGACUGUACAUUGAAGCAGUCGAUCGAAGUUUGUCAAGCCGGUCAAAACGAACUCAUCAAGAUGGCACUUCUCGGCGAGAUUGGGAUCCUCAUCGGUCCCGGCAAAUGCAAGAAGGAACUAAUCGAGGCUAUGCGAAAGCUGCAAAAAAAGUUG